AGUAUCAAACAGAACACAAAGCAGUAAGCAGUGAUGAAUUAUUUAUUAAUUUUAAUUCUUUCAAUUUCUUCUGGAUCGGCAAUAACAUUUAAUUGCUUGUAUUCAUUCAAUGACUUCGUGCUAAUCGGUAAAGAGUACACCUGCUGGGCUACAAUUUCUAAUGUGACUGAAAGUAAUGUUCUAUUUGAUGUUAUUGGAACUCAUCAAGCUGAAAAAGAUAAUUCUGAUGUCUUUGCACUGGAAAUACAGAACGCGACACAACUUACGUUCAUACCCCAGGGAAUUGAGAUAUUUUUCCCAAAUUUAUGGGCAUUAAUAAUUGGCAAUCACAGCAUUUUACAACUUGAUGGCGAUGAGCUGCGUAACUACAAUGAUUUAAAACUUUUUGGACUCAUUAAUGGGAAACUUGAGAAGAUUUCUGGAGAUUUAUUCGACCCAACUCCCCACAUGACACAUUUAUGGCUUACAAAAAACAAAAUUAAGAACCUGACUGAAAGUUUUAUAAAUUAUUCUGAAAAUUUGAUGUUUGCUGACUUCACUGAUAAUGAUUGCAUCAGCAUGCAAGCCACAAAUCAAUUUGAAAUGGAAGAUUUGGCUGAAAAUUUACGUGUAAAUUGCACUGAGGGGUCAAUUGAUGCUGUUGCAGCACCAGCAGUAGUCGUUGAGACAUUGAUUGAGGAUACAAAUGAGAUAGCAUGUGAAAAUGGCAAUGAAGUUGAGAGAAUUUGCAGAUUAGAGAAGGAAAAUGAGAUUUUGAAUGGUAAGAUUAAGGAAUUGGUAGUUGAAAUUGAGAAUUUGAGGAAUAAUUUUGGGAAUUUAAAUACUGUUGAAGCUAUGAAUAAAGAAGAAUUUGUUGAAGAAUCAUAAUUUAAUGCUAAAUCCACCUUAUAAAGUCAACAGAUGUACAUUUUAUUUUUGACAAUUUGAUCAACUCUACACCCCCCCCCCCCCCUUACCAUUUCAAAAUACCAAGCGACAUAAAAAAAUUCACAAAAUUUUCAGCAUAAAAAACACAAACAAGCGUCACGCAUGCAACUGAUGAAGCAUCAUGAUAUGAUUUAAUUUACGAUAAUAAGCAUCAGCAUCAACAUCAAUAUCACAUCUAAUAAACGUGCAAUAUAUUCGCAAAAAAAAAAAUCUAUUGUGUGCCGAAAGGGGUUGUCUUGUUUUCAUUUUAUUCACCAACUGACUAACUUGGAUAUACACAAUUUUUUUCUAUUUUGAUUACAUGCGAGUCUCUCGUGUGUGUUUACAUUCCUAUCAUCAUCGGAUAUUAUUUUUUUGUCAGUGAGCUCUCAGAAAUUCAAUUCUGAACAGCC